GCUUUGAGACACUUUCACUUUUUUAACAAUCCCCUUUCACAAAAGCAUACCGUUUCCCUUGACCAACAUAAGACAUAAGUGAACGGCUUAGCUUUCUAAGUAUUCUUUUGCGCUCAUUUUAAUUACAACAUGUUUGUUCUCUAGUUGUUCAAUGAAGAACUGCAAUGAAUGUUGUUUACCCAGCAGGUGGAUGUGACGUCAAGGGCUUGGAACAUCAAAAAAUAACAACAUCCAAAUCCGCGAUUCCCCUUGUCUUUCAAGGCGCAUUAAAAUGUAAUAUCACCACAAGCAGCUCUGCUUCAGAUUUGAGAGGGAAGGUGGGGUGAAACUGUGUGGAUUCCUGAUCAGAAACAGUGCUUUCUGUGUAUCCUGCCGGAGAUUCCUUGUUGCCAGUUGAAGUUAGUCCCCCAAGCGGAGUAAUAUUGUUAUUUACUGUGUGGUUGCUGCAUGCUUUCUUGGUAUACAAGAUCGCAUGUGAGUUGAUUGUUACAAGCAAGCCCAGACAUUUAUCUUCAGCGUUGAUCAACCAUUUUCGUACUCGUAUCAAGUGAUCUUCUCAAGCACGUCCGCUUCCUGAUGUGAAGACUUCAAGUCCAGUAGGCUUUGCACUUGGUUCUCACUGAAUUGGUGGAAUGUCCAUUUUACCUAGAAAAGUAAGAAAGGGUAAGAAGAGUGAACUUUGAAGGUGGCUGUAACGGAAGAUUGCUUUAAACAAGCAACUGCUUGAAGAAGGUUUUUAAGUCAUGAUGCAAGAAUCUGGGUCUGAGGCGACAAGUAACGGUUCAGCCAGUCAGAACGGAGCAAGCAGUGGCAACCCCUUUACAGACUGCAACUUAAGGGAAGUGAGAUCGAAUGGUGAGACCCCUUCUCUUGAAGUCUCAGCAGCUGAUUUAGUGCAUCUGCAGCAACACCAGGCUCUUCAAGUUGCACGACAGCUCCUGCUGCAUCAGCAACAACAGCAAGGCUCUGGACUGAAGUCACCCAAGGGGAAUGACAAGCAGACAGCUCAACAGGUUCCAGUAUCAGUGGCUAUGAUGACACCUCAAGUGAUUACUCCUCAGCAAAUGCAGUUUAUCCUCCAGCAGCAAGUGCUGACCCCCCAGCAGCUCCAGGGCUUGCUGCAGCAACAGCAGACGCUUAUGUUACAACAGCAGCAACUCCAAGAGUUUUAUAAGAAACAACAGGAUCAGGUGCAUCUUCAGCUUCUACAGCAACAACAUGGUGGGAAACAGAGUAAAGAGCAACAGGUAGCCGCUCAGCAGCUGGCCUUCCAGCAGCAGCUUCUGCAGGUUCAGCAGCUUCAGCAGCAGCACCUCCUGAACCUCCAGCGGCAAGGCCUGCUCACCAUCCAGCCAGGCCAGGCUGCCCUUCCCGUACACCAGCUGACUCAAGGCAUGAUUCCAGCAGACGUGCAGCAGCUCUGGAAAGAGGUAACCGGAGGUAAAGAUGAGAACACGACGAACAACCACGGAAGCCUGGACCUGUCCACUGGCUCCAUCCACUCACCUGCUCCCCCGAAGAAUUCAUUAAUAGUAAACCAUCAUGCCUCAACAAAUGGACAACAUGUGGGCCACACUCCCAAAAGAGAAUGCUUAUCCAACGAAGAUAACCCACACAGCCACCCUCUGUAUGGGCAUGGUGUAUGCAAAUGGCCUGGCUGUGAAACAAUAUGUGAAGAUUUCCAGUCAUUCCUUAAACAUCUCAACAAUGAGCAUGCCCUGGAUGACCGGAGUACAGCACAGUGUCGAGUGCAGAUGCAAGUCGUACAGCAGCUGGAACUACAGCUUGCUAAAGACAAAGACCGCCUGCAAGCCAUGAUGACGCACCUGCAUGUGAAAUCAACAGAGCCAAAGCCUACCCCUCAGCCUCUGAAUCUGGUGUCCAAUGCCACACUCUCCAAAACGGCUUCUGAAGCCUCACCACAGAGUUUACCUCACACCCCUACCACCCCGACAGCCCCCCUCACUUCCAUCAACCAGGGACUUUCAGUAAUCACACCGACGAGCAUGCACAGCGGGGGACCAUACAGGAGGCGAUAUUCUGAGAAAUACAAUAUGCCCAUCUCUCCAGAUCUUUCACAGAACAAAGAGUUUUACAUGAAUGCUGAAGUGAGACCUCCAUUUACAUAUGCUUCCUUAAUAAGGCAGGGAAUUCUUGAAUCUCCUGAAAAGCAGCUAACACUAAACGAAAUCUACAACUGGUUCACACGAAUGUUUGCAUAUUUCAGGCGCAAUGCAGCAACUUGGAAGAAUGCAGUCCGUCAUAAUCUUAGUCUUCACAAGUGUUUUGUGCGAGUAGAAAACGUUAAAGGGGCAGUUUGGACAGUGGAUGAACUAGAGUUCCAAAAACGAAGGCCGCAAAAGAUAAGUGGAGUAGAGGAUGAGUUUGGGUCCUUUUGGACUGUUGAUGAUGAGGAGUUUAAACGUGGUCGCCACAUUCAGCGAGGCCGUCCUCGGAAACACAACACUGAGGAAGCUAUUGAUGAUCUAUUUUUACACAGUCCAACUCUUGUAAAGAAUAUACAGACCAGCCUUGCUUAUAGCACAUCUCUCAAUGCUGCGUUUCAGGCUUCAAUGGUAGAAAAUAACAUACCUCUAUACACUACUGCUUCCAUGGGAAGUCCCACUCUUAGCUCACUGGCUAAUGCUAUACGAGAGGAGGUAAAUGGUGCAAUGGACCAUGCAAACAGCAUUGGAAGUGACAGCAGCCCAGGACGAUCUCCUUUUCAAGCUAUGCAUCAUAUCAAUGUUAAAGAGGAACCACUGGAUCCAGAAGAUCAUGAUGGUCCUUUGUCCCUUGUGACAACAGCCAACCACAGUCCAGAUUUUGACCAUGACAGAGAUUAUGAAGACGACCCUGGGAAUGAAGACAUGCAAUAAGCACAUGUCGUUGUAAUCCUGAGAAUGAAGAUUGAAAGAACUAAUCAAAAUGAGCUGUAAAAUCUCUCCAAAAGAAAAAGGGGGUCUGAAGGAUUUUCAGACCAUUUUGACAGUUAUAAAAUGUUUUAAUUGACUUAGUGCCAUUAAAUAAAUAAAAUAUCCCAUUUGGGAGUAUUUUUUAUUUAUUUAUACUUUUUUGUUUAACAAAAAAAAAAAAAAAAAAAAAAAAGGAAUUUCUACUCGACAUGUAUUGAAUGGACUUGUUUGGUACUUGGGACUUUUCCUCUUGAAAUCAACAUCAGUGCUGUGUUACUGGACAGUUCAUGCUGUACACACACACUGCAGCGGACAACGGACUGCAAUCCUGCAAAUACGGAUAACAAAGCCACAUUAAACUGAGCAUGUAUUUUUCACACUGCAGGUUGAACUGUGCCCAGAAACUUAAGAGAUUUUGAUGGACAUUUGAUUUGCACAGUGCUGUGUGUGGAUUAAGCUGAUUAUCACUGCCUUUAAUCCACUUUUUUUUGUUGCUUCCAUUAAGGUUGGGGAGGGUCUUAUAUGGGGGGGGGAAAGCUAUAAUUCUUUGUAAUGUGUUGUUUUUUGCUUCUUCUACUACUACACAUUUUUAAACUCUGACCAGCCUCCUUAAACUUGGAACGUUGACCCCUUAGAGGCUUCAGAUGGUCAGCACUUGAUGAUGAUGAUGAUGAUGAUAAUGAAUGUUUAUUUUUUAUUUUAUUAUUUUUUUUUUUGUAUAUGAAGCAGAAUGUCAAACACCUAGUAGUAUUUUUCUGUCAUUUAUUCCAUAAUUUGCUUCAAAAUGCAACCUCAUGCCACCACGUUUGUUUUUUUUUUCAACACAGCUGCCCGUUCACUUCUGCUUGUUGCCAAAAUGUAGCCCACCCCCCAAAAUUGUGAAGUCCAGCAGUAAUGCACUACUCAUAAUGAAGGUUCUACCUACGCAUAGACAAAGUAUUGUAAAAAAACAAAAUGAGAAUGAAUGACAGAGAAAUCUUACCAGAAUUCAAAGAAUGGAAUAGAUUUGGUCUACACAGCAGUGAAAGACUUGGCUGCAACGGAAUCACUGAACAUUCUUGAAGCAUUUGACCCAAGCAUUUUUUUUUUUUUUUACAGAGUAAUAUACAUACCUUAAUAAUAAAACAUGUAUUAAUAGACUUCUGAAUCAUACCCUUGGCAAGUAAUAGUUAUAAACAGAAAAUAUACAUACAUUAGGCCCACAAUUGAAAAUAUAAGCAAGAGAAAUGGUCUCACCUCUGAUUACUAUAUCACAGGUUCAGCAUUUCAUUGCAGCCUGGUUCAGAACUGCUUUGAGGAUAAAUCUGUUUAAAUAGAACAGACUUGUCAUGUUGAGGGGAUAAUGGUAGCUAAAUCCAGCAAUGUCAAAGUAUUAGUGUAAUUGUUCAUGUGCAAAUACUGUACUGGGGUUAUGCUUUCAGUUUGUGUUCUAUUGCUGUUUGCCAGCCACUAUCAAUACUUUAGCAGUGGGAGCAGAGCAUGAUGUGCGGCUGGAGACUGUUUUGCAAGUUUGGCGCAACUAGAGAAUACAGAACUGAAAUCAAAGGUUUGUACAAGUCUGGCACAGAUCACUUAAAAAACACUGCAACCAACCACUUGUAUCAGUUGUAUUUAUUUAGGAAGUCUGAUUUCAAUAUGAUUUGGUUAAUAAGCUUUUGAAGUUUUUUUUUUUUUUUUUUUUUGCUUAAUAUUUUUGUUCUGUAAUUACCAAAGAUGAACUGUUAAGUCAACUAUGUUCUCUGUUUCAUUCUUUAUCACAUAAGGCCAAAUAUCCUCUCAUUUUUGUCAAUGGAGGUAUAGAGGGAUAGAGGGGAUUUAGAGAAAUAGGCUAAUCUAAGGCUGUAUCUAGCUGUUGGUGAUAAAAGCUCCUUGUAUCUUCAGAUUAUUAUUGGUGGAUGAUUUAAGCCAAAGGUGUUGCUUACUGAGUAGCCACAUGUUGUCCUUGCAGUGACCAAAUUAGAAACCAUACUAAAAAGCAAUGAAAAACUGACCAAACUAAGGGAACAAAAUUAGGGGUCCAACAAAUAUAGGGAGCAUUCCAUCUUGAAAAGGUAACUGUACAUCAAGGGUAAUGUUAAGACGCUGUGAUUGACAGCGAGCAGUGCAAACGAUUCUACAAAUUAAGUGAACCAUGCAGUGGUUUUUUUAAGGUUAUUUUAUGUUCUAGAUUUUUAAAAGAUUGUAUGCACCUUCUGUUGGAAGACCAGUAUCCUUCAGUGUGCCAGGAUUAUUUCUUUUGUUUUUGUUUGCCUUGGCACAGUUCUGUGAUUGUUUUUAGUUUCUGUCAGCAUUUUGUUUUUUAUUAUAAAAACACUCCUGUUAACUCAUAAGCUUGGUACAAGGUACUUUUGUGGCAGUUAUUUUUAAGCUUUAUCAUGCUUUCAAUAAAAAUAGCAACCUGUGGUCUUGUAAAAAUGUAUUUAAAAUUGUAUCAAGGCAGCUUCAUGACGUGCAAGCAGUAGCCAAAUGGGAUUGUGGGAUCCCUGCACAUCCAAUCUGAGUGGUUUGCUGGUUAGCUGUGCAUUUUAAAGGGGGUAAAAAGCUAGUUUAGAUUAGUACAUUCUCAGCAUGUGUAGCUAGACAUGACUAAAGAUAACAGCAUGAGAAAACUGUUAGUACGCAUACCUCAGUUCAAACCUUUAGGGAAUGAUUAAAUAUAAAAAUACAUUUCAUGCAGUUGCACUUAGUUGUAUGUCUUGCAUGCUUAGUCAAAAGACUUUAGCAAAAAAUUAGAGCUUGCCUAUCUCAAGGGGCUCACAACCUUUCAGUAAAACCAAUUUAAACCUCAGGCCUUUCAUGAAGAAAACAUACCAUUUUCUGUGUUUGGGUUUCCCCCACCCCACCCCCAUCUACUAUCUCUUUGGAUAUACAAAGGCUUCAAUGGGUGGGCUCUCUUCUGUUGUACAUAUAUCCCCAUGUCAGUGCAAGCCUUUGUCUUUUUGGUUUCUUUUAUUGUCCCUUCCAAUGCUAAACUUGCUCGGUUAAACAUGUUUGCUUUAUUGCAACUGCUUUGUAUUAACUUUAUUAAAAUAGCUAUGAAAAAACUACUGUAUGUAUUUAAAUAGCAGAAUGUGCUGCACUUGUAUUUUAAUUAGUAAUCCUUGCUUUAAACAAAAUGGAUAUUUGCUGACAAUUGGGUGGGGGGGAUCCCUUACGUUUUGCUUUAAAACUGUAACAUAGAGGACAGACUUUUCUCUGUUACCAUUGACCGAGGCAUUUUGUACAGAAUUUCUGUUUGUGUUAAGCUGUUUUGAUAGUUCCCGCCUUAUGAUGGUCCAACCACUGCCUUUUGUGGCUGUCUUUAAAAGGUUCAAACUACUGCAAAGAGGGCCAUUUUAAAGUUUUCUCGUCUUCAAGGAAAUAUUUUGCAUGAAUUAUUCUUGGAUCACACUUAAAAAAAUAAAAAAAAAUAAAAAAAAAUAAAUAAAGUAAUGUAAAAAAAAAAAAAAAAAGUCAAGUGUUCAUAAAUAAUAAAGGGGAGUGUCAAUCUAAUAAAUUUUGUAAAGAACUUUACAAGGUGCCAAGAUGUAAAGAAUAUUUGUUACAUGUUUUUUUUUCAAAGAAAAGCAUACAUUAGCAUAAAAGAAAUACCAUGUAUCAGACAAAAUUGCUGUCAGGAAUGAGAGUCGCAGCCUUCUUUGAUGAAAUAAAACUGGACCGUUAACGCUGUUGAAUUAUUUGAUUAUUAGAGUAGGUAAAAUGAAGCGUAGCGGGUGGAACAAUGUUAAGUUGAGCACAUAGGUCAAUGUCAAGUGACUAGCUGACACCUGCCUCUAAAGGUCAAUAUGGUAAUAAUGUUUACUCCUUUAUUGAUUACUCAUAAUACAAACUGUUGCAGUACAUCAUUUUCGAUGUGCGAUAUUUAAAUAAAUAAUAACAGUGGCAUUUUAUCCAUACAUUUCCAUUGCAGUCGUGUCAGAUGUGCCUCAAACAUAUUGUGGAUUAUGCUCACGUAACAAGUUCUGCAACUCCUUGCUUAAGAAAAAAGGUACAGUCAAAGAAAUGGAGUUAACAUGGUGCUGCACAGGUUUGCUCUGCCAGGUUGGAGAUGUCUCUGAAGGCAUAAAUGAAACUCAUUCCUUACAUCUGUUUGUAAUACCGUACCAUCAUUCCAUGUCUGUUGAUGCAGACAAUAAAAAACUGUUGUACAGUCAGUACUGAUUACUGAUUAAAGCAUUCUCAAAUGCAAUAAAAUGCUGGUUGUUCACAUUG